AUGACCAGUGGGAAUAAGGAUUUCCGUGACCAGCUGGGCAAGUUCCGCUUGGAUUCGAUCAAUAAUUAUACCCCGUCACCUACUUGGCCAGCGCAACCCUUGUACCCGUCGCAUGAACCGAUCGACGCGUCCAGCCCCUCUCGCAGCAAACGAGUGUCGACCGCAUGUGACUUCUGUCGCAAGAGAAAGAAAAAAUGUGACUUUCGAUACCCCAAUUGCUCUGCCUGUACUCGCGCCGGAGUCCGAUGUACUAUCCCACCGCCCGGUCCCCAAGUCGCUAGCGCCUCCGUUCCCCGCGAUCAAUUGGAGAAUUUACAAAAACGAGUACGAUGGCUGGAGGAGGUUGUGCGCCGCAAGUCUGGUCUUUCAGUGGCGGAAUUGCCAACAGGGACCCCAGUCGACGGCGAGGGAGAUCCGGAUUGGUGGUACCAGGUCCCUGCGAUGAUUGCGACCGGAGGCAAUCGUCCUGUGAACUCAGUACCGAGUCCGACUGGUAGCGGUCACUCAUCUGUGACUGCGGGGCCCUCAGAGGCGUCGACCGGAGUAGGUACUGAGCUCCCAAAUGUCGGGGAGAUCUUUCGCGACCAGUUGGAGCAUCGCCGGCCGUCGGUAGCACGACCCUCGGCUGCGCCGCGGGUCAUGCGCUUGUCAUCGCUGGAGGAAGCCGAGCGGUUAGCUGGACAAUAUUUUGACAGCAUGGGUUACCAAUACCCAUUCAUGUCCCGCCCGGAGUUCAUGGGUCAUCUACGCCAUAUCUAUACUGGAGGUGUCCCAUCGCCGGAGACCCAUAAUUCAUAUCAUAUUAUCAUGGCCAUAUCGCUUCUGAUUGGAUCGGCAGACCACACAAAAGCAGCUGAAUUCUACCAUGCCAGUCAGGAGACUCUCCCAUUGGCAUUGCAGAAUGAAGACUUGCCUGCUGUGAGGGCAUUGCUAGGGCUGGCUCUAUAUACCAUGUUUGCAACUGCCGGGCCAAGUAUAUGGCAUGUGCUGGGCGCGACAAUGAGGCUGGCGACCAGCAUUGGUCUACAUAAAAUAAGGUCAUAUCCUAGCGUCGCGGAGGAAGAGAUGGCAAAACGCGCCUUCUGGAGUCUUUACAACCUGGAUCGUCUAAUUGCGAGCACGUUGGGCCGACCAUUGGGCAUCGCCGACGACGACAUCAGCGUGAGCCUCCUGCGUGAAUUGAACGACGAUGGGAUCGAAGCACCUGGUGCGAGUGGGAUGACCAUUCCGCUACAGGUGAUUCGUCUACGACGAAUAUUUUCGCGUAUCUACCAAUAUCUUUACAGUAGUCUACCGCGACCAUCCCCUCAGGAAGUGGUCGUCACUCUCGGUCAAUUCCGCCGAGAGGUCGAUGAGUGGCGCAUGUCGGCUCCAGUCUAUCCGUCCGCGCUUCUCUACUCCACCUCGUAUUAUGACUAUCUUUACUAUACAACGUUACUUUUGAUGUACCGCCCAAGUCCCCGUAACCCGACACCGGACGUGACUAGUAUCGUCAGCUGUGGCGACUCCAGCAUCCAAGUCAUUCGAUCAUACUGGGACAGUUACUCAAUUGGCAAGCUGAAAUGGAUUUGGUUGACGCUGAGUCAAUUGUACUUUGCAGGAAUUACCAUUUUGUGGUGCCUAGAGCAGAAUGCUCGUUCGUUACGCGAGUCUCAGCCCGCCCCCUGGCAUCCCGAGGAACAAACAAUGCGCCGUGGAAUUCAAGCGGUUGUCGUGCUCCUUGAGGAGUUUGGAAAGCGUCGACCUGGGGUAGACCGGUUGGCGGAGACAUUCCGACACCAGAGUACGAUGGUCUUCAGCCAAAUGGCUUAUCAACAACAACAACUCGAACAGCAGCAUCAUCAUCAUCCACAAUACCAAUCACAGCCACCCCCUCCACCUACACUUAUACCCCCUCAACCCUUAAUGUCCUUGGCUGCACCACCCCCACCUCCGGUUCCCAUGGCUCCCAUUCUGGACGACGUUUUACUCGUGGACAACAGCGGGGCAAUCCCGAUGAUCGAUCCACAGAUGGCAGAUCAGCUCUUCUACUCGUACAAUUGGUUCCAAGAGGAAAUGGCAUCAUACUAUACCCUUUGA